CGCGGGUUUUACGGCGGCGGCGGCCGCGCUUGGCGGCGGCGGAGCGGGAGCUGCCCAGACGCGGCGGAUAUGGCCGAGGUACCGCCGGGGCCUAGCAGCGUCCUGUCCCCGCAGGGGGACACGCUCUCCCCCUUCCCCGGAGGAGGAGGAGGGGGGGCUGCUUCCUCCUCCUCCUCCUCUGCCGCCUCCUAUGCCGCCGCCGCCGCCGCCGCCUGCACCGGCGCCCAGGACGAGGAGGCCGAAGAGGAGGAGGAGGAGGAAGAGGAGGGACCCGCGGGCGGACGGGAGCAGCAGCAGCGAGGAGGAGGAGGAAGCAGCGAGGGCGGCAAGGGGGGCCCGCAGCAGCACCGCCACCAUCACCGCCACCACCACCACCCCCCGCACCACAACCACCAGCUCAACGGCCUCAUCAGCCCCGAGCUGCGGCACCUGCGGGCCUCCCUCAAGGGCAAGAUCCUCGGCUCGGAGGCAGGGGCGGCCCCCGAGGGGCUGGAGAACAAGCGAGCCAGCAAAACAAUGGGCUCCGGACAGCAGCAGCCGUCGCCCCCCAGCGCAGCGCCCUGCUCGUCCCCCCACGCCAACCACCUCCCUCCCCAGGGAAGGACUGCACCCUCUCCUCCUCCUUCUCCCCCAGCUAAAGGGGACAGGAGCCAGCCUGCUGCCACCACCGCCACUGCUGCUGCUAAGACUGCAGCCCGCAAUGGGCUGGCAGGAGAGACUGGCUUGGAGGAGGAAGAGCAGGAGGAGGGGGAUGAAGGAGGGGAGGAGGAGGAGGAGUCCCUGCAGCUACUCUCCGGGUCCUUAGCAGCAGCCUGCAGUUUGAAAGGCUCGGGAACGGACUGUCAGCCCGAGGAGGACCUAACGAUACGAUACGUCCAGUAUGAGUCAGAGCUGCAGAUGCCCGAUAUCAUGAGACUGAUCACCAAAGAUCUGUCUGAACCCUACUCCAUUUACACAUACAGGUAUUUUAUCCACAACUGGCCACAACUUUGCUUUUUGGCCAUGGUAGGUGAGGAGUGUGUAGGUGCCAUCGUCUGCAAGCUGGAUAUGCACAAAAAGAUGUUCCGCAGAGGUUAUAUAGCCAUGUUAGCAGUGGAUUCCAAAUACAGAAGAAAAGGAAUUGGUACAAACUUGGUUAAGAAAGCUAUUUAUGCUAUGGUUGAAGGAGAUUGUGAUGAGGUUGUAUUGGAAACAGAAAUCACAAAUAAGUCUGCUUUGAAACUUUAUGAAAACCUUGGUUUUGUGCGAGACAAGAGGCUGUUCAGAUACUAUUUAAAUGGAGUGGAUGCACUGCGUCUGAAACUGUGGCUGCGUUAGGAGACCCCAUCCCAGCCAGCGAGCGACGUCCCAGCAGCGCAGAGUUGUCCUUUGCAUGCAAUGCAAUUUGUCCCAAAUUGCUUUGCAAGGUGGACUUUAGUACUUUCCAUGCAGCUCUUAAACCUGUCAGUGUCCCAUUGAGUGUCGCACACAUUCGUUGCACUUUGGCAUGGCGCAUUUGUUCCGAAUUAAAGCCGAUUGUCUCAGACUCCGAGUCCUUUUGGUACCAGCCAGAUGUGCCAGGUGAUAGCCAAGAUAUGUUCAUUCAUUUGCAGGUCUGCUGACUCUUUAGGACAUCCACACAGUUGAACGUUUGAUCAGAAAAAAAACCUGGAUGGGAAAGCCGCUUUUGGUUCCCGAAAAUUCAAAAUAAAGCCAAUGUAGAUUGUAAAAUUCUAUAAGUAUACUAACAUUUCAUACAAAAAUUGCCAUAGUUUUCUGGGGAAGAAGAAAAAGAAAAAAAAAGGCUUCAAUUUUAGGUUUUAUUUUUCAAUAUUGAAUUUUUCCAUUCUUAAAUAUUGGUACCUCAGUGAUUAGUGAAUGAAAAAAUGUAUUGUAGGGUGGGGUGUGUGUUACAACGAGUAACCAUUAAAUUGCGUCUGCCAGUGCCUGUAUAGAUAAGUAUAUUUGUCUUCACCUCUAAGUUUGGAGUGCAUGCUUUUAUUCUUUUACUUUCUUCAGUUGUCUUUGCAAGGAAAAAAAAAAUCUGCUUUUAUUUAAAUUCUGGAUUUGAUAAUAAAUUAUUUCAGAUUUUUAUAAUUCGGAUACUUCUCCCAAACAAGGGUUUGGAAGGCCCUUCUUACAGCAAGAAGUGUAAGCUAUUUUUGAAAACCUUGAGUAGCUGCUAAAAGAACCUGGUGGCACCAGUGAAUCUCUGCUGGGUUUGGAUGCACUUUUGUCAUUAAAAGAGUGAGGGACUUCUUUUAAAAGAAGAUAUAGAGAAUUAAUGUAAAUUGGUAUGAUUUUUAUUUAAUCAAAAUUAUUGCUAGAAGCUCUGAGAAACAGCUAUUUUAAAAUAGUUGGAACAAUUUUUUUUUCAGAUUCAGAUUGCUUUGCUUCAGUGUUCUAAAAUGCUUCAAUCUUUGGUUCAUGGUCUUGGAAGUGAAUUUCAAGGUGUAUCAUAUUCAUUUUCAGCUGCUCUCAUUUUCUCAACUUACAUGAGCUAAAUUAUUGGGGGAUUUUUUUCCCCUCUAAAAUCAAAGCAGCGGGGAAGGAAUUCUGUCUCUCUUUUUUGCAUUCAGUCUUGUUGCUCUGUUUUUCUUUUUUUUCUUUCUUUCUUUAAUUUGGCUUACAUAGGUUUUACCAAUACCCAUCAAUUUUUUCAGUAAUGACAGCAUCAAGGCUUUCUUGUUCCGUGUGAUUCCAUAGCCCAGGUCUGUGAAUCAGUUCGGUUGAGUUUUUUGUGGGUUUUUUUGUUUGUUUGUUUUGUGGGGGGCUUUUUGUUUGGUUUUUUUUUCUUUUGUUUUGGCUUUUUUGGGGGGUUUUGGUUUGGUUUUUUGUUUUUUUUUUUUUUUGAAAGACAAAAAUAAAGGUAUUAGGUGACUUGUGGAAGCACCUCUAUAAUCACAGAUCUCAAAAUAUUCAGAGUUGGAAGGGACCCACCAGGAUCAAGUCCAGCUCUGAGGUGAAUGGUCCUUGCAGGGAUCAAAAGGAUGAACUCAUGGAAUCGAGCGAAUUCUCCAGAUUUGCCUUACUACACUUUGUUUUCCCUUUAUAGGGUUUGGUUUGAGUUGUGGGGUUGGUUUUGGGGUUUUUUUUUUGUUUGUUUGUUUUCAUUUUUACUAAUUACUGUACACUAAAAACAAAACCAACAAAACCCCUACCUCCAGUAUCAUUUGGAAAAGAGCCCUGUGCAGGAAAACUGGAUUUGAGCAAAGCCGCCUUUUGCACAGACCAAUCGCACAUGGUGAUGGAGUUUCUUACCAUGUACAAAUCAUGAGUUGUAUUUGAAAAUAAAGAUUUUUAAUGGAAGUUGGCCCUGCUGAGUUUUCUGCUUGCAGAGACACCAUCUGUGCUGUCAUGGGGAUCCGUUCCCCUCAGGAAAGAAAACUCAUUAAAAGGGUGCCCAAGACAAAGUGUUGGGAGUGGGGUCUGUUACUCCCAGGACAUGCUGGAGUUCAGCCUAAAGUUUGUGUGUGGCCACUGCUGCCUUGUGACACCAUAAAACCUCUUGUUACCCUUGUUUCUGGGUGGCUUUUCAGCAGUUUUGGUUAGUGUUAAGAUAAAUUCAGCAUUGGUCGCAAAUCCCUUGAGUCACGUUUCCCUCAGCUGUGGUCCAGGGACUGCCCUGGAGCUGGAUCAGGGAGGUUGGGCUUGAUUCACAAAUUGCAAACUGGGCUGCCUUGUGUGUCUUGCUGGGGUUUCAUUCUGCAAAGGCAGACAGGCAAGUUUUCUAUUAGUUAAUAUUUAAGCCGUGGGUGUCUUCAGAUUCAAAAGCUGACUGGCAAGUGAGCUGAAAUCCCUCCUCACUGCCAAAAAACAUCCCUUUGGAGCAAACUUCAAAUACAAUUCUGGUUGGUUAUUGUAUGAAGUGGUUGCUGCCAUGCCUGUGUUGAAAAUACAGAGCAAAAUAGGUGUGGAUCUCUCUUUUUUUGUUUUUCAAAGAGCGUGUGGCCUGCAAGGUUCUGCCGUGGCUGCUGUGUCACAGGUUCACUGCAGGAGACACUGAGCUGCAUCUGCUGGGUCCUGUUAAACAGAUUUGUUCUCUGUGCUGCUUGGGAUUAGGGAAUCAGGUGGGAAGCCUUGAAUUUGCAUAGGUUUUCAAAAGGAAUCUAGCAAGGAAAAGUUGGUUAUUUCUCCUGUCUGUUGCUAAACACAGUUCUCUCCCCCUCGCCUUUUUGCAUUGACAAAUCUAACUAAAGAGUUGAUUGCUUUUAUAUUUAAAUUUACCCAAAUGUUGCUACUGGCUGACAUGUCGGUCUGGAUGUUUGCAUUCAUUAUGUUGUUUUUUAAGAAAUGAUCAGGUUCAUCACCUUCAAGGCAUCGUCAGAUUGGUGUUGCAGAGUAUGUCAGACUUUUUCAGGGCACUGCAAGACAUUGCUACAACUCAGUGCUGUGUUGAAAAAACUUCAGGUCUUGUAUAAACAUUACAACCUAUGUUGGAGUUCAGGUAUCAGGUGGGCAUCUAAGAAAAUAGCAAGUGUAUCUCAAAAUACUGGACUGCUGUUUUGAGUGGAUUAUAUUCUUCUGUCCCUUUAUCCUUUUUGAUGAGAACAAAACCAGUGGGUUACGAAAUGUACAAGUUGUCUAAAUACAAUGCAGUCAAAUAAAUGGUUACGUUGUUUAUCUA